UGAAUAGUCGCGAUCCGAUUUAGGGUCCAUUUUGCAAAAUUACUAUCGCCGCCGCCUGCCGCCUCCGGCCUCGCCUUGGUCCCGCCGUUGGCUCGCUCAGCCGCGCCGCCUCGCCGUCUCCACCCACCUCCCCGCGAGACCCGAGGGCUUCACGCUUCGCCUCCGCGCCAAUGCUGGCGCCAUGGCCUUCCGCAACCGCGCUCGUGGCGGCGGCAGGAGGCGAGGAAUGGUGCGCGUGGACGGGCCGCGCGCUGGUCAGGCGGCGGAAGGAGCAUGGCAUGCCGCCGCUGAUCAGGAGGGGGGGGGGGCGUGCGCUGGUCACCUUCCCGCCGCCGCUAUUUGGCUCUUGAGGAGACGGCGACGUAAGCAUCCCGCUUCUCUGGUGGACGAGGAGGAGGGAGGGAGGCGGCUGGAGGCCGCGAGUCGACCGGCAUCCAUGGUAAAGGGGAGAAAGGUUCAGAACACUCUGCCACUGUUGCUUUGCAACCACCGUUCGCAGUCUACAAUGGUCGUUUUGGGCCGGGCCUUGGUCAAUCAAUGUUAUGACUGUCCGUUUACUUUGUGUAUGCAUAUGUUUCUGCUAAUAAUCCUUAUGCUGGGCAACACUAUGGCCUGCUUUCUCCGCUUCCCAUGGGAGCAACGGUAGGUUGUAUUAGUUUCAGACCAGACAUCUAUGGAAUUUCUGACUGAAUUUGUAGUUGUGGUAACAUAUCACAAAACUAAUACAUAUAUGUAAAAACGAAAACUUAUUUUAGUGAUCGACUAAAUUCCACAUUUUCGGAAAUUCAUGCAUUAGUUAUUUUCAGAUUUUCCCUGUUUUUCAAACUGUUUUUUACUGUUUAUGAACAUGAAAUUCACCUGUGCCCCAUCCUUUAAGUGCUUAUAUGUUUUCAUCAAUAAAUAAAAGGAGAUUGGCCACUAUAAUAUUGAACCAUGAAAAAAAUAAAACAAAGACAAGGUAAUCCAGGAGAUAAGUGUACUGGCGAUGGAUGAGCAGGUGUAUUAGCUAUAGUAUCGUGAUAUUUUCUUUUAUAAAUGUGGGGCUGGAAGCCAAAUCUUUUCUGUGGAAUUGGUAUCCUAAUGAGAACACAGAAAGGAAAUAUCUUUAUUUGAUGCUGCCAUUUGUCAAGUAGGAAAUCUGUAGAAUAUUCGUGAGUUGCUUUUGUUUUCCCCAUUUAUAUUUGUGGAUGCAACCUGGAGGGUGUGUGCGGAUACCACUGACCAUGCGAAGCAAUUUGAAGGCAUCUUUCAUUGGCGCCGUGCCCGUGCCAAAACAGAGAGGGUAAAUAGGCUGGUGAAAGCCAGAAAGCCAUAUCUCCAGGAGUCGCGCCAUCUGCAUGCAUUGUGUCGUGCAAGAGGCUCUGGUGGACGUUUUCUGAACACAAAGAGUCCAACGGCAAGGACCCUGGCAAUGGCAAGGCAAUGGUCAGCUAUCCGCUUAUGUGCCAGGUGUCAUCUCCAAGUUCAGAGAUCCAGCAGUCAGAUCUGGGCAACCUGAGCAGCGUCUCAAGUCUGUCAGGCUCGGAGGUGUCAAGCAUAUACGAUCAUGAAGAUGUGGACCACUACCACAGCUUUCAUCACCUCUACAUUCCUUUCACCCACUCCCGAGCAUCAUGGACGGUGACUUGGUGAGCAUGGCGGUAACCCCUUCAAGUGGCCAGCAGCCUCUGAGGGCUGCUGUGACCUCCUCAGAGCUUGACUAGAGGGGUUACCGGACAGCCAAAUGCUAGGAACUGGCCACAACCGGCAAAAGCUGCCAGGCAUUACCAAUUCUGGGUCAGGGAUCGUCCCUCCCUCCCACCAUUUGGCUGUUGGUAGGCAAUUCAUUUUCAUUCUUUGCUGAAGGCAUUGUGGUUGUUUCCACUCACCACCUAAUUCUCCUGGAAAUAUUAGUUCUGGGAUCUUGCCGGAAAAAUAUUGUUGAUAGUACUAGCUGGGGCCAGGGCCAAAUGCUGGAUCUUGCCGGAAAAAAAUUGCCUCCGCACUAAUGCUGGGGCCAGAGCCUUCCGCACCCUGCGCUGGUGGCGGCGGCGGCGGCCGGAGGCGAGGAAUGGUGUGCGCGGAUGGGCCGCGCUCUAGUCAGGCGGCGGAAGGAGCAUGGCGUGCUGUCGCCGAUCCGGAGAGGGCGCUUGCGCUGCUCACCUUCCUGCCGGUGGCGGCAUAAGCACCCCGCCUCUUCGGGAAUUGGGAUCGGAUUUGCUGGGCACUGGGAAGGGAGGCGGCAUGAGGCCGCCGGUUGACCGGCAUCCAUGGCUGCCUGCUAUGGAACACCUGGAUGAGCUCGGAGGAGAUUGGCACUGCCAAAUGGCAAUCUUACGUAGAUUAACGGAGCAUGUUUACGAGAUGGUGAGCUUUGCAGACUGGAUUUGAAGCUGUUACUCUAUCAUUGUCUCGAGGGAACAUGGCAAAGGCAUCUGAGUGCUCUGCUCCUGCAAUACCAAAUAUGUCUGCGGAGUAUAAUGGUUCGUCUGAGAUGGGUGCUUGUCAGCCAAUGGCUGUUGGCCGGAAGCUGCUCCCACCUGUUACAGCAGGUGAUGCACCAGCUUUUGUCAGUGAAAGGCAGUAUGAUGCUAUCAUUCGGCUGCGUGAACGUCGCCGUCGUAUCAAAGAAGCAAGGGAGAGAAGGGGGCUCAAAGUUAAGAAGCACAUUCCAAGAGAUCCUAAAGGGCGCUUUGUCAAGACCAAGGGCAACCAAGAAGGUACCAAUGGAGGCAUCAUGGUGCCAUUCAGCGCCCCGCUAAGAGGCUUCAUCACAGCCAAUGGCUACCAGGAUGUGACCACUGUUGGCAGCGAGCUGCAAAGCAGCACUCCUGCAAUAGGCUUCUAUUGGCCCUCUAUUGCAACCAAUGAAGGCGGGGAAAACAUUGGUAAGGUCAUGUUUCGGCCCUUCACCGCAACCAGUGGAUACGAUGAGGCCACCUCUGGCAGCAAGGUUCCUGUCAGCAACACCGCAGGAGACUUCUAUUGGCCCAUCGUGGCUACCAACGACGAGGAGGAAAACAUGGGCGAGUUCGCCUACAGCAGCAUCCUGAACCUGGAAUCGCCUGAUCCCACCACGCUCCUCAAGAUCAUGAUGGGGAACAGGUACAGCACCGACCCAGUCUCGGAGCAGUUUCAAAACGUGGCGCGCCUCCAGGCUCCUGACUUCUCCACCCUUCUGACCGUCAUGAACAAUGCUGGCUAUGAUGAGGCCGCGGACGACGGCCACUAUGAUGUGAACAAAGUAAUGGCGAAGUUACAAGGGUGGGAACCAGCGGCAGGUCCCUCUUAGGCCUGCCCCUGCCAUCGUUUUGCAGCCUUAUAAUGUAGGCUUGCUUAUCAGUUCUCUCGUUGAUGGCUAUCUAUCUGUUCUCUUUUGCUUGUGUCCUGACUCCAGUUUCUCAGAUUUUCUGAAGUUUCUGAACCUGUUUGGUUAAUAAGGCUAUGUGCUGAGCCCAGCUCCCAGGUUGGAGUUCACCUGGACUCGGACCUAUUUCUUCUUAUUUACAAUGCUACCUAGUUCCUUGGAUUUUGGUGGAAUUUUCUUAAUAAGGCUGUAUGCCGGACCGGAGUAUGCCUAAACUGAAUGGCUGUAUGGACCUGGUUUAUGAAUGGCAUCAAAUCUUGGAUUUUGUUAA